AUGUUGAUGUUCUUCGGUCUGCCCUUCCGCGCGACCUCUGCCGACCUCGCCGCUUGCUCGAAGACCCAUGGGCUGUGCGCUACGCCAGGAGGGAAGCACUCGAGAAUCCUAAUGCCUUGGGAGAUGGGGAGGAAGAGGAUAAAGAUGGAGAUUCAGAGGAAGGAGAUGGGUCUUUCAGAGAUGGGGGAAGGAAUGUCCGUGGAGGCCAAGGUGGCUGUGGCACCAUCAGAGGACGAGGGCGAGGACGAGGGCGUAGGCAAGAAGGUGGCCAUGGGAGAGGUCAAAGCCAUGAGGAGUUACAAGCAACAACUCAGGAUACUGUCAUGGAGAGCAGGCCUUCCGCGGCACCGCCCUUAG